CCCACACACGCUUCAUUGCCCUCCAAAACUUUCAGUAUAUAAAAGGCCGUGCAAAAUACAGAUUUCCCACCAUCUCACUCCACUGUCCACUCCUCCAAAACUGCCCGCGAUCCCGAUGGAGGCCAGCCAUGCCCACUCGCCGACCCUUUCCUCGUCCGAAACCAUAAUGGCCGCCCUCCUCUCAUCCAUGUCCGUGCAGUUCCCUUCGCUGGUCCGGGCGAUUGCCGCGGACGCGCGCCGGCAGCGCGGCCGCCUCGCUUUCCUCCUCCUCUCCCCGCCACAUUUCGCCCGCGCCCUCGCGCGGCUCCGCUCUAUGCCUCUCCCAGCCAAGGCCGCGCUGCUCGGCCGCGUGCUCCUCCGCUCACUCCUCAUGCUCCUCCCGGCGCUCUCCCCCGACGGCUCACCACCUCCUCCGCCUCCCGACGCCCGACCUCGACGCCGCGCUCCUGCUCGUGGCCAUGUGCGACUCCUACUCCCCGGCGGCAUCCUCCGUUCACCCGUGGACUGGCACGCACUGCUCGUCGACGACGCGGUGCGCAACGCGCUCUCCAUCUCCGGUCUCGGCGGCACGCCCUGGGCCACCGUCGCGCCCUACCUCGACGCGGCCGCCAAGUGCCGCCGGUUCGCGGACGUCGUGUCGGAGGACCGCGCGGUGGCUGGCGCCGGCGGCGGCAGCAGCAAGGACGGCGUGGGGCGCGGAGGCGCGUCGCAGGCGACAGUGCUGGCGCUGCCGACCACGCCCGGGGACGGGACCCCGUGCGCGAUCUGCAGGGAGGAGAUGGCGCCCGGACGCGGCGGGGUGUGCGGGCUGCGGCCGUGCGGGCACCGGUUCCACUGGCCGUGCGCGCUGCGGUGGCUGGCGCGCCGCAACACCUGCCCGUGCUGCCGCGCCGAACUGCCCGCCGAAGACGCGCUCGCCGAGACCCGGCGCCUGUGGCGCGCGGUCGAGAGGAUGGCGGGAGACAGCGGGGUCUGUGCGUGACAGCGCCGGGUGGAUCAGUGCGCGUGGCAUGCGGCCAUACGGGACGUGCGUUUGGACGUGCUCGUGUGUCCCGGUCUCCAGUUGCAAGUACUGGUGUCAGAUUCGUGUGGAUGGCGAUGGCUUUGGUGGGCCUGCGUGCCGAAUACUGUUGCAGGAUUACGGUUGGGUACAUAUACUCUCUACAUAAACAAAAGGAAUGGGAUCGAAUGUAUACUCGUAAUUAAGGCUCAUCAUGCCGUAUCAUCACGAUGCAAAUUGUGGGUUUAGUUUUGAGUUAGCUUUGGUGGAUCCAAAGCAGGUUUCGCGGGAUAAGGUAGGUAGUAUCGUCGUUUUGCAGCCUAAUUGCUCUGCUUUUUAGGCUUCUUGGUGAUGAUGUUCGUGCCUCGAACAACAUGCAUCACGGAUGUGUGGAUUAUUCUAAGAUCGUACUAUAGUACGGUUACUUUGCGGGAGUAAUUGUUGCCGAUAUGUAA